GGGCAAGAGAGGCUCCAGCCAAGAGCAAGCUGUACUGUGUGGGCAAUUUCGGCACUUCCGGGCAUUUCCGGCGAUUGAUAUUCCUCUGCAAGAUGAGGCAAUGCCAUGAUCACUCAAUUGGAUUCCUUUCCCAAUCGCCGGCUCAAUCAGCCGCGAGGAACAUGACGUCGACGGGGUCGUGCGCCGAUACACAGCCGACGACGACGACGACGACGACGACGGCGACAGUGGCCCUACACAGGCUGCGGAUCAAGCAUUGCACCGCCGCGAUACCAAAUUCAGAGGAGUUGCGGAAAGUUACUGGGCAUGUGGAGGGUGAGAGUGCAAACUUGGGAUUCCACAGAAGCGUCCAUCGGCCUCAAACGGGUUCUCGUUCCAUUUGCGCUCUGCAUCAGGUCCCGAGGGCACAAGCUGACGGCUGGCGCAAACAAGAUGCCGAUAACAACCACUCUAAGGCGGUUUCCACUCAAGUUCUUGGAUCCAGCGCUGGAGCAGGAAUGGAUCGUAUUUUCGGCCACAUCCUCGCGCCGCUUCGAUAUCAACGCCGCAUUUUGCGCUGUGUAUCUGUUCGCCGCCUUCAUCAACUGGGGAGCCAACGGCAGCAUCAACAUACCAGAUAUCCCUGGCACAGUCGCUGCGACUCUGUCGCUGCUGAUAUGCCUCCUUAUGCCCAGGUUUCGGAUAUAUCAUAUCGCCUUCGCGACAUUGACGAUGAUGGCAUGCCUCGGGAGCCUUUUAUUGAAUACUCUCAACAAUGUCGUGUCAAAUCAAGGCGUUGUGCUGACGGCGAUGAUGACCGUCCUGAUCUACACGAUGUCAGCGGGGUACCAGGGCAACAGCACGACGUGCAUGAUUAUCUUUGCGGUCUUCAUCAUUGCCUCUGGGGUCACUAUGAGCCUUGUGUGUCCCGAGUAUUACAGCGGCCUGAACGGGUUCUACAUCAGCCUGUCAUUCAUCAAAGUGAUUCUCACGGGCCAGCUCAGUGUCUAUGCUGAGGAUUUCAACCGACGGGAAACCUACAUCCUGACGCGCCAUAUCUCGGGACGCAAACAGCUUCCCUCGACAGCGUGUGCAGAGCUCUAUGAUCUGCUGCCGCUAUACUUUUCGGAGCGGAACCUCGGCUCUGGCGAACACAUCUUUCCGAUUCCACCCCACGCCAAAAACCAGGAGAUCCCGCUGCUGCAGCGCAUGUACAGAGUCCUGAAGAGCUGGAUAUAUCUCAAGUUUGAGAGUGCCGAGCUGGAGCAGCAGUAUUUGCGACACAAUUUGCGUACGACCCUCGAACUGCACUUCCUCACGACGCUCAUCAACAUAUUCGGUGCUCUAGCAACUGUGCUCUUUGAGGAGCUUGUCGGGUCGACAGUCUCCGAGUUUCCCGAAAGCCCCUUCGCCAACUGGAUCAACAACGGCAGCUUGAUCUUCUUCUCCGUGUGCCUUGUGCUUCCGAACUUGCUGCUUGUGUUCAAGUCAGUCCGAGAUUCACCGAUGCGCUGCCAGUUCAUCAUCCUGGCAACAGGUGUCUCCAACAUUCUUGGAUGGCAAGGGCGAUAUGCCAUCUUUCUGUGGCUCCGUGGGACCAGCCAGCUCAAUUUCCAUCGAACGUUGAACCAGGUUGCCGUCGCCGUAUUUGCGGCCGGCCCGCAGUCGGGUCUGAUCUCGUACUUUUACAUCGCCAUGUUCGUGUUCGUGAUCACGAGUCAAGUUGCCAUUCUGCUGACGCUCAACCACAUCCCCGGCGCCAGUCGAUAUGUGCUGACGUCCAUCCUUGAGGCUUGCCUAUCGACUGCUGUCUUGGGCUUCAUCAACGAAUUCGAGUCCCGCAAGCUGUUUCUUCUGCGGACGUGGUCCGAGAGCUUUAUCGACGCCUCACGAGGUGCUCGGACUAUAUCGCGGAUAGCAACCAGGGCGAGUUCGGCCAACUCUGGACAGUCAAGCACAUCUUUUGGAUCGCGGGUGUCGGCGGGAUCCAAGGCAUUUGGGCUGCCGAAUCCAAGCCUGAUCGCCCAUCAUCGCCGUACUCUGAUUGACGAGUCUUUGAGUGCUGGAGGCUCCACAUCCAGGAGGUCUUCGGUCAUGUCGCUUGCCGACUGGAACAUAACAUCGAUCAUCACUCCUUCGUUGCAUUUGGACGACACCGAUGGGGCCGGUGGACAAUCGCCCGCUGAACAUGAGCCCGCUGAACAUGAGCCCGCUGAACAUGAGCCUGCUGAACAUGAGCCCGCUGAACAUGAGCCGUGCUGAUGCCGGGUUGUUCCUUGGUGUGGCCCUAUGGACGAAUG